AUGGCCACCACGACGUUGGUCGACGACAUCCCCAUCGAGCGGUGCGCAUACCACACCCAUAUCCGUGAAUGCUUCACCACCGAGAUGGACCGCUACAUGGCCGACCGAGAGACACGCUUCCUCGACGGUACGGGCAUCAGCCACCACGAUCUCGACAAUGACCAGCCCUUGUUCCCGGACUUUCUCAACGUGCACACGGCCGGACAGCACGACCCCCGCAUGCGGACCAUGGUCGAGAACUUUAUGGUGGCUCGCCUCAGCAUCCCCAUGGGCAUCGACUCGGACGGCCUGCCUGUUUUGUGCUCUGGCCCGGCCACAUCCACGUCGGCGUCGCUCGAUGCCAUUGAGAGCGCCCGCUUGGCCAUGUCCCAAAAGGCGCUGGCGAAUGUCCGUGUCGACCGGUCCCACGCCGCCGUCCAAAAGGUCAUCGACCUCGCCUUUGCCACCGUGUCGUACGUCAAGGCCUUGCAUUGUCUGCACGACCAGGCCCGGGACCGGGACCGGAGCCAGGAUCAGAACAGUGACCGCUGCGCCCACAGCGCGUCCAGCGCCGACCAGCGCCGCAUCCUGUCGCUGCGCGGCCUCAUUACCGCCUACGAAACGGAGCGCAGCGUCUUGUGUCUGGCCCGCCGACUCAUCCGAGACCACCAAAAGAACAAGCAGCGCGCGCGUGUGAUUGCCGCCGCUGUCGACGAGCGCAUGCGCCUCUGUCGCCUCGCCCUGGCCGAGGACGAGGACGAGCAGGCCACAAUCAACAAGGACGACCUGACCGCCGCCGCCAUUGCCUCGCAUGCCAAGUGCCUGCACGUCACCAUGGCCCGGGACAAUAUGCGGCACCGGCGGCAGGAGGAAGAGGGCCGGGCGGCGGACACAGAAAACGCCCCGCCCUUGAACCUGCCCAUCGCGACACUGCCGGCGAUGCUGCGCACGGCGCCGCGGAUCACCCGCCCAAAGAGACUGGUCCUGCAGAGCGAAAGCGCGCAGACGUGCAGCGCGGCCACGUCCGAUGCCGUGGUCAAGUACGUUGCCGCCGAGCACGCGCUGCAGGCGAUGAGACAGGAGUGCCGUGUCCAAGGACUGCGCAUGCCCAACAUCCAGUUCCACAUCUACCCCGUCCACCACUUUGGGCGGAUGGCCGUCUCGUUCUAUACGAACGCACGCCCGGGCCUGGGCACGCAGAGAGUACAGGCUGAGAUCAAGCAAGAGGAGGACGACAAGGACUGGUGA